AAUAAUGAACCCCCACUGCGCACGCUGCGGGAAAAUCGUGUAUGCAACAGAGAAAGUCACCUGUCUGGAUAAGUACUGGCAUAAGGGCUGCUUCCACUGUGAGGUGUGCAAAAUGACCCUCAACAUGAACAACUACAAGGGAUACGAGAAGAAGCCCUACUGCAACUCGCACUACCCAAAGCAAACAUUCACGAUUGUGGCAGACACACCAGAGAACCUGCGACUGAGGCAGCAAAGUGAACUGCAGAGUCAGGUGAAGUACAGAAAGGAUUUUGAGGAGAGUAAGGGCCGUGGUCUCAGAUUUCUCAUCGACACACCAGAGGUGCAAAGACUGAAGAGAACCCAGGAUCAUAUUAGUAAUGCCAAUUAUAAGGAUUUUGAGAUGCCAGGCUUGCAUGGUAUCACUCAGGGCAUUAGAGGAACGUAUCUGGUACAGGCACAGGCGAGACCCGACCUUCAGACCAUGGGGAGCUGUGUUGCCCACAGAGGUGUGAAUCAGUACUCAGUGGAGAUGGAUCGGAGACCAGGAGUCAUCGUGGCUCCUGUGCUUCCUGGAGCAUAUUACACCCGUGGUUAUAACCAGGGACACAGCUACAUGCAUCAGACUAGCAUGCACUCCCUCAGAUCCAUGCAUUUGCAGUCUCAUUCCCCAAUGAUGAGGGUGUACAGAGCUCUGUAUGAUUACACGGCUCAGGACUGUGAUGAGGUGUCAUUCCGUGAUGGUGAUCUGAUCCACAAUGUGCAGCCCAUUGAUGAAGGUUGGAUGUUUGGGACGGUACAGAGGACGGGUCGUUCCGGGAUGCUGCCCGCCAACUAUGUGGAAGGCAUCCGCUAAACUGAAUUAACCAGCAUUGACCAACGUUUUGCCGUUCUACAUUUAUUGUUAACAGAUUUAUUUUGGUAGUACAGUCAGAAUCUUUAUAUAUGUCUCAUUUUCAUAUUCUGCGUCUGAAAACACUUAAAGCAUUUGGUUUGCUGUGAUUCCAGACUAGUACACAAAUUCAUGCUAAUCGAAAUCGAAAUCAACCAUUUUGGUGCAAAAUCGAGAAUUCUAAAGGACAUGUAAU